AUGGUCCAGUCCGAUGUGGCCGACUAUAGCAUAGGUGCGGCAGCCCUGGCCGGCCAAGUCGAAUAUAAUGAGCAUUUGCAGCAAGCAGGGGAGGCAGUUGAGGUGUUGCCAGCGCCGUUGGCACACUUUGACGACGGUGUUAAGAUCGACGAAAGUGUCGAGGAGUGGCAUUUUCCCUCGGAAGAAGAGCGCCGAACGCUCCGUCGUGUUCCGGAAAAGAUGAACUGGGCGACGUUCAGCAUUGCGAUUUGUGAGUUUGCCGAGCGCUUCAGCUUUUACGGCGCGACGCAAGUGUACACCAAUUUUAUCAACCACCGGCGCCCUGUGCUGAACGACGGCUCCAUCUCAAGAACAGGCGCCGCAAAAGACUCGGGCCAGAACUCUGGUGCGCUGGGUAUGGGCUCAGAAGCCUCCAACGGCCUCGUUACUUUCAACCAGUUUUGGUGCUACGUUACACCCCUAUUUGCCGCUUGGCUCGCCGAUACGCACUGGGGUCGGUACAAAACGAUCGUGUGGGGCGUCGUUGUUGCUGAGAUUGGGCAUAUUCUCCUUGUAAUUUCUGCGAUCCCUGGUGUGCUCGACAAUGAACAAGGUGCCAAGGCAUGCUUUAUUAUUGCAUUAAUUGUUAUGGGUACAGGCACGGGUGUAUUCAAGUCGUCGUGUCCUGUGUUUGUCUCGGAGCAGAAAAAGGUCGUGCAGCAGACGGUCGUGACGCUCAAGAACGGCGAGCAGGUGAUUAUUGACCCCGCACUCACCACUGCACGUGUGUUUGUUUGGUACUACUUGAUGAUCAAUCUCGGCUCGCUUGCUGGACAGCUCGGCAUGAUUUACGCAGAAAGGGAUAUUGGUUUCUGGCUUGCGUACCUACUCCCGACCUUGGUCUUUUUGCUGCCAAUACCGGUGCUCAUGUUCUUUAACAAAACAUACGUCAAACUUCCUCCAACAGGAUCUAUCCUUGGUACGGCGUCCAAAGCAAUUGGGCGUGUCCUCAGAGCGCACUGGAGCUGGAAUCCCGUGCGCUGUAUUAGAAACUUUAAGUCGCAGGGUGUGUGGGAUGCUGCGCGACCUUCCUGUGUGCCGGAAGCGGAGCGCCCUGUGUGGAUGACGUACAGUGAUCGCUGGGUCGAUGAGCUGCGUCGUGGUGUCAAGGCAUGCGGUAUCUCGAUUUUUCUUCCGCUCUACUGGCUCUGUUACAACCAGAUCACAAGCAACCUUAUUACCCAGGCUGGACAGAUGGAUUUGGGCGGCCAACCCACCGAGCUGGUCUCGCAGCUGGACCCCAUUUUCGUCAUUGUCCUUGUCCUGCUCUUUAACCUGGUCAUUUACCCCUUGGUCGACAAGUACCGCAUUCCUUUCUCGCCCAUCAAACGUAUUACCGCUGGCUUUAUCGUUGCGUCUACCUCAAUGAUCUGGGCCGCCGUGCUGCAGGACUACAUUUACAAAACGAACCCGUGUGGAAAGCAUGUGGGCGACUCUGUGCCGCAUCUCAAUGCGCAGGGACAGCCGGUGAUGGGCGCGAAUGGCCAGCCGGAGCUAUGUGACCAGGUAUCCAGCUCACUGAGUGUUUGGAUUCAGUCGGGGCCGUAUGUGCUCAUCGCAUUUAGUGAGAUUUUCACUUCGGUCGUCGCAAUGGAGGUUGCAAUGCUCAUGGCACCCAAGAAUAUGCGUUCCAUGGUCAUGGCUGUGAUUAGCACGCUCACGGUCGCCAUUGCAUCUGCGAUUGGCGAGGCAUUUAAUCCGCUGUCCAAGAAUCCUUUGUUUACCUGGUCCUACACGACUUUUGCAUGUUUGUCCUUUGUGGGCGGCAUUGCAUUCUGGUUUACGUUCCGCUACAUUGAUCGUGAGCAAGAGCAGCUCAACCUAAUCGGGCAGGAAGGCUUUGAUGCUGAGCAGGGCUAUGAGAAGACCGAGGAAGAAAAGGCGCUGGACAGGGCAGAAAAGCUCAACCCCAAUGCAAAUAAGAACAUCAUUCGUGGUCUUGGGGAAAGCUCCAGAACGGGGGUCGAAACUGAAAAGCCCGAAGCGGGUACUGCGAUUGGCAAUGAUGUUGCCUAA